AUGGACGAUCCCAAGAAGUUGGAAGAAGGGUUUGCUGAUGAUGUCAAAGGACAUCUUGUGGAGGAAGAGGAAACAAGAAGCUUUCACGGCGAGAAAGAUAAAACUUCAAGAGUUGACGACACCAGUGUAGGUGGUGGCCAAGACGCUACAGAAUAUUGCAAGCUGAAAGAACACAAGAGCACCGGAUUAACGGAACAGCCAGCAGCACAAAAGCAGGAGCAAACUGCACUAGUGCUGACAAAACCACCAAAGACCAAGAGGAUUGCAACCUUAGAUGCAUUCAGAGGCCUCACUGUAGUGUUGAUGAUAUUAGUAGAUGAUGCCGGAGGGGCAUAUCCACGGAUUGAUCAUUCCCCCUGGAAUGGAUGCACCUUGGCCGACUUUGUAAUGCCGUUUUUUCUCUUCAUCGUUGGCGUUGCAAUCGCUCUUGCCCUCAAGAGAAUUCCCAAGGUCAAUGCUGCUGUUAGAAAAAUAAUCUCGAGAACACUAAAGCUUUUCUUCUGGGGACUUAUACUUCAAGGGGGAUACUCUCAUGCACCCAGUGACUUGUCUUACGGGGUUAAUAUGAAACUCAUACGAUGGUGCGGCAUCCUACAGAGAAUAGCUUUGGUCUACUUAAUUGUUGCUCUGAUAGAGACAUUCACCACUAAGCUCAGGCCAACCGCCAUUAGCCCUGGUUUUCUCUCCAUUUUCACGGCAUACAAAUGGCUGGGAGGAUUUGUUUCGUUUCUGAUAUACAUGUUCACCGUAUUCACUCUCUAUGUUCCUGACUGGACCUUCGUCGUGCAUCACGGGCAUGCUGCUGGAAAAUACACUGUAAAAUGUGGGAUGAGAGGACAUUUUGGACCAGCGUGCAAUGCAGUUGGUUAUGUGGAUAGACAAGUUUGGGGGAUCAAUCAUCUAUAUGCGGACCCCGUUUGGAAACGUUUAAAGGCCUGCACAUUCAGUUCUCCUGCUUCUGGUCCUCUCCGUGAAGAUGCACCGACUUGGUGCCCUGCUCCAUUUGAACCUGAAGGCUUCUUGAGUUCAAUUUCAUCUAUUCUCUCGGGCACAAUUGGCAUUCAUUAUGGGCACGUCUUGAUUCAUUUUAAGGGUCACAAGGAGAGGCUCAAGCAUUGGGUGUCAAUGGGGCUCUGCUUAAUAGUCCUAGCCUUAGUUCUUCAUUUUACAGAUGCUAUACCUAUCAAUAAGCAGCUCUACAGCUUCAGCUAUGUAUGUUUCACAGCGGGAGCAGCUGGAAUUGUAUUCUCUGGGUUCUACAUACUGAUUGAUGUUUGGGGGCAGCGGAAGCCAUUCUUGUUCCUCGAGUGGAUAGGGAUGAAUGCAAUGCUGGUGUUUGUAAUGGCAGCACAGGGCAUCUUUGCUGCCUUCAUAAAUGGAUGGUACUACGAAGAUCCCAAAAAUAGUCUAGUGAACUGGAUUCAACAGCAUGUCUUCAUUGACGUAUGGAAAUCGGAAAGAGUGGGAACGCUUUUGUAUGUGAUUUUCGCUGAAAUUGUUUUCUGGGCCGUGGUUUCUGGGGUCUUGCACAAAUUGCGCAUUUACUGGAAGCUUUAGGGAUCAAAGUCAUCAUUCAGAUGUAUAUGUUGAAUUGCCGCCUGAUGUUUCUUUAUAGUAUUUCGUUUGUGGUCUGGAAA